AUGAAGCGGAAAUCCGCACAAGUCGAGGUUGAAGGGGUUCCCCUAUCCGGUCUAGCGCCGGUGACUUGUUUGCAGUGUUUGCAGCCCCGUUCUUCGUCGACGCUUGUCGCUUUAGUCGUCAUGAUGGCCCUGUUUUUCAACCUGCAAUUGGCCUGGAUAUUGACAUCCCGUGGCUUAGUCGGGGUUGACAAGAUGUUUGGGCGCAUUAGCGGCCAGGCUUUUCGAUGCGCCGUGCGCAGACCCGUUCUGCGAAGGAAACUCUGCGAGCGCAAAUUCUCGGCCUAUACUACGAGCACCGGCGCCAGCACCACAGGUUCCUCGACAGCUUCGCCCUUGGCAAGUAUCACCGCGGAGCUAGAUCGGAUUGCACCGUGCUUUGAGGUGCCCGCUUCCCGGAUAACGAUCUUGGACUCCCCAGCAUCCUUCUACAAGACCCUCAAGGACAAAAUACGAAAAGCCCGGAAACGCAUCUACCUUUCUACGUUGUAUAUAGGGAAAACGGAAUAUGAACUUAUUGAGACUCUAAGCCAGGCCCUGCGGGAUAAUCCUGACCUCAAAGUAUCCAUCCUGACAGAUGCGUUGCGAGGAACCCGCGAGACCCCCAACCCGUCAUGCGCCUCGCUUUUAUCUUCGCUAGUCACUGAACAUGGCUCGGACCGGGUGGAAAUCCGGAUGUUUCAUACACCCAACCUCACAGGGUUAAAGAAGAAGUGGAUCCCUCGUAGAAUCAACGAAGGUUGGGGUCUCCAGCAUAUGAAGCUGUACGGCAUCGACGAUGAAAUUAUUCUCUCAGGGGCAAAUCUGUCCAAUGAUUACUUCACGAACCGUGUAGAUCGAUAUCACGUCUUUAGUUCCAAGGAACUCACGGAUUUCUACGCGCAUAUCCACCACGCCGUCUGUAGCCUUAGUUUCAAUGUCUUGCCUGAUCCGCACAAUGCAUCUAGAUAUUUUUUGGAAUGGCCCACUGCUAAUGGCGCGCCCUCACCUUUGGAUAACCCGGACGACUUUAUCACCUACUCGUCAAAGGUUCUGUAUUCGCUCAUCCAGCCUUCACAAAGCAAACCUUCACUCCGGGAGAAGACGUCAGAUCAGACGUUUGUCUAUCCUGUGGCGCAGUUUACGUCGCUGAUGAGGCCAGACACCUCAACGGAAUUUCCUGUCGUCACUGCUAUAUUGCGAUUGCUGUCGACCUCUUCCGCUUUUACAGGGGCGCGGUGGCUCUUUACGGCAGGCUAUUUCAACAUCCACCCCGUUCUGUCCUCCCUCUUGAUCGCAAGCACUUCCACUUCCGAGGCCGCAUCUACCACUCGCGGCACCGUGCUCACAGCCUCUCCGUGGGCCAACGGCUUUUACGGCUCUUCCGGUAUCUCCGGUAUGCUCCCCGCCGCGUACACCCACCUCUCCGCCCGGUUUCUUGAUCGGGUGGCCGAGGCGCAGAGGACGAAUUCUAUUCAGCUUAAAGAAUGGCGGCGCGGCACAGUCGGCACACCCGGUGGCUGGACCUACCAUGCCAAGGGGAUGUGGAUCACACUUCCCAAGGAAGAACAUCCCAGUCUGACCUUUCUGGGAAGUAGCAACUACACCAAACGCAGCUACAGCCUUGAUCUCGAGGUCGGUGCGCUGGUCGUCACCGGAGACCAGGAAUUGAAGAAGAAGCUGGGCGCGGAGACGGAAUGGGUGCAAGAACACUCGCAGACCAUUUCCCGAGAUGACCUGAGACGAAUAGAACGGCGAGUCGGAUGGAACGUCCGUCUGGCAAUGUGGAUUGUAGAAAAGGUUGGAGGCGCUCUAUAG